GCAUAUUUUAUUAUUCAUUCCCCAACUUUACACGCCCGUCGAACAACAUGAGCAGCAUCUUGGACCACUCCAUCGUCGGCCUCGGCAAUCCGCUUCUGGACAUCAGCGCGUCCGUGUCGGACGAAUUCUUGGCCAAGUACAAGCUCAAGAUGGACAACGCCAUCUUGGCCGGCGACGAGCACUUGCCCAUGUACGACGAAAUCACCAAGGACUUCCAAGCCGAAUUCAUCGCCGGCGGCGCGACCCAAAACUCGAUCCGCGUCGCGCAGUGGAUGCUCAAGAGCCACAGCGCCAAGGCCACGUCGUUCUUCGGGUGCGUGGGCAAGGACGCGUACGGCAAAGUCCUGCGCGACUGCGCCGAAAAGGACGGCGUGAACGUGCACUACAUGGAGCACCACGAGGUGUCCACGGGAACGUGCGCCGUGUGCUUGAACAAGGAGGGCGAGCGCUCGUUGGUGGCCAACUUGUCUGCCGCCAACAAGUUUGAAUUGGCGCACUUGGACGACGAACGCUCCAAGGACAUCAUCAACAAGGCCAAGUUCUUCUACUCGGCUGGGUUCCACUUGACCGUGUGCCCGGACGCAAUCAUGAAGCUCGCGGAGCACGCGACGUUCUCGAACAAGGUGUUCCUCCUCAACUUGUCGGCGCCGUUCAUCACGCAGUUCUUCAAAGACCCGUUGCUCGCUGCCAUGCACCACGCCGACUUUGUCUUUGGCAAUGAAGCCGAAGCCACCGAAUUCGGUAACGCGCAUGGCUGGGGCGACGACCUCGCCAUCGUGGCGCUCCGCCUGUCGCAACUGCCCAAGGCGUCUGGCGCGCGAUGCCGCACCGUCAUCUUCACCCAAGGCGCCAAGCCCACCAUCGUCGUACACAACGGCGAGCUCAAGCUCAUCGAAGUGCCCACGCUUGACCAGAGCGAAAUCGUCGAUACCAACGGCGCCGGCGACGCCUUCGUCGGUGGCUUCAUCUCCCAGUUGGCCCGUGGCAAGUCCAUCCAAAAGUCCGUCGAAGCCGGCCACUGGGCCGCCCAAGUCGUGAUUCGCCGCUCCGGAUGCACCCUCCCCGAAACGUGCGAGUACACGGAUUAAACAUAACCACACGUAAAUACUAGUAGAGUUUGCAUAACCCACACAUGUCGGCGACAAAAGAAAAAGACUGUUGAAUGGGUCGUCUCCAUGAAAACAACCAUUAUUCUUGCCAAC